GGAAGGCAGCAGGGAAAAAAGGGAAAGAGGCAGAGAGACGCAAACAGAGACAUCAAGACGGAGGAAAAUGAGACGACAGAGAGAGGUGGGGAGACUGCUGAAGCAACACCAGAGAUGAGGAGGGAGAGAGGGAGCGGGAAUGAUGAAGACGUAGUUGCACCAUCUGCUGCCAGAGAGAGAGAGAGAGAGAGAGAGAGAGAGAAAAAUGUUAAACAUUCAACAGAAAGAAGCAGAGAGGCAGACCGCAGAUCUGCAGCGAGAUACACACAACCCCUCCUGAAUGACACAGUGACAUCAUCAGUGUCUGGCAGGCGGUGAUUUUUGAGGAACCCCGACUGGACCUCUCAUCGAUGUGAGAAAGAAAACAAGAGAUUGGAGCCUCUUCCUCUGAGCUGAUUAAAAUGAAUAAAUCCACUCAGGUGUGACGGCUCUCAUGACACUGACAUGUGAUAAUAAUGAGCAGCGUCCCCGUCUGCAGGAGGAGCAACCACACUGGUCUCUUUUUGGAAAAUACUCACACUGGGAAACACUUUGAAAACAGGUAUUGUUUUGUUUUUCCAGAAAACUCGAGUUAUAACCUGAAAUCAAUAAAUCAAUAAAAGGAAUCAGGGCUGUUCCGUUCAGGAUGCACACUCCUGCCUCAAUGGUGAUGGGGAUCGUGUUCUCCCCUCUGGGACUUGUUCUUGUCUUCACCGCUGCCAUCACCCCCCAGUGGAGAGAGGGACAAGCGCGUCUCGGAAUGACGGGACCGGGGUCCUUUCUUCGACCUGGCGUCAAAGGUCAAGGGACUGGGGUCAAGCCGGUGGAGUUUCUGCUCCUGAUGCGUUCUGACGGCCUGUGGGAGAGCUGCCUGCAGGUGGAGCACUCUGAGCUGAAGCAGUGCUGGCCUGUGGCGGGUGCGUACCAGAGGGACCCCCGGGUUCGCCUGGCCCAAGGUCUGAUCCUGACCUCCUUGUUCCUGUGCGGCACUGGUAUUGUCCUGGCCUGCAUCGGGGUCCGCUGCUGGACAGAUCUGCCUCUGAGGGGCAUCGCAGCCACAGGUGGGCUCCUGGUGGGGAUGGCCGGCCUGCUGAGCCUCACCGCCCUCGGGGUGUACACACACAACCUCGGGAAGCUGGGGCUGACGGCGCCGGGCCCGGGGCUCAAUCACCACCGGUCGCCCCUCCUCAUCCUGCGUCCAGCCGGCUCGCUCUACUUUGGGUGGCUGGGGUCGUGUCUGCAGGUGCUGGGGGGCAGCGCUCUGCUGUUCGGCUUCAAGAAACCAAGAUGUCCGACCUGCCCGUCUUGCCCGGAGGUGCCCGUGUGCCCCGCGUGCCGCUCAUUUCCAGACAUCACCGACAAGGGAGAGACAGAUGUUUAUGAAGUCACCUAUUAAGAGUUCCAGACUUAACCAUGCACAUAUUUGGACGUGUGGCCACUUCUUAAAGUCACUUCCUCAGCCAGUUUCAUCUACCACUUCAGGAAAUGAGACAAAUAAACUGUGAACCACAGAAUUAUUAUCACUUCCUGAUCGCUGGACUCUUUACGCCAGGCAGGGACUUGAUUGAUGUACUUUACCUCUCGACGUGGGCAGAGACUUUAAUUUGUGGGUGAAAAUUCCAGAGGGAUGAAUCAUGAGGAUCGUUACUGAUUCAUUUAGAACAUUGUGUGCUCAACUUCCUGCUGCCUUUAACUGCGACAUGUAGUGAAACGUGAGUGACAUCUCUGUGCUGCCUUCCACGCUGUAGCCAGGCCUUUGUACUGUUGGAGAGAAACAUGAUCCGACACGGGGCAUGAGGAAAUUCAAAUAGAGCUGGAUGGAAGAGCUAUUUUCACAUUUCAUUAGACACAUGUGGCAUAAUAAAACUACAUUUCAUGUGUAAUUUUUCCUUUUAAGCUACUUAGUAAAUGGAAAUUUGUGCUAAAAUCAGGUGGAAUCUGCUUUUUGAUGUUUUCUGAUUAAGUCACUGUAAUCCAUGAAAAUGAAAACUGUUAGAUGCUAAUUUGUUUGUCGUCCAUCUGGAUGAAUCUUCGUGUGAUACCUUCACUGAGGAUUCUUCAUCGAUCUCAUGUGACGUUUCUAACUGUGAGAGAAAAGGAUUUGAAGUGGACGACAGGGUCUUGUUUGUUCUUUGUAGAUUAUUUGUUGUCGAUGUUUACUUGUUAUAGUGUGUUCUUACUCGAUGGUUCAAUCUGCAAUGAAUAAAAAAU